AUGGCCAACCCUAAUAACUUCGACCUCGAAUAUUCGACAGCUACUCGCGAUGAUGACUUCCAGGACGCACGGGAUGCGCACUUGCAAUCGUCCCUCUCCACACACGACCCCUCCCUGAUGGGCUACCCGAACAGCCAUGUCGCCAGCUACCCGUUCGCCGGUAUGUUACCACGAGACUUUGACCAGACGCUUCAGUCCUUCGAUCAGACCCCAGGAGCCCAGGGAGACCUGGAGGGCCGCCUCUCCACUGUGAUGCUGACGUACGACGCGCCCACCACGGGCGUGUCCAUGGCCAUGGGCCUUGACUCUGGCGGCGGCGCCUACGCCUACGACAUCCCGACGACCUACCCCGCCACCACGAUGAGCCUCGUCCCAUCAAUGGAUGACUCGCAGCUUCAAUCAGCCUACUCGUUUCAUCAGUCCAUAUCCCAGGGAGGCCAAUACUUGUCACAGCAGCAACAAGCUCCCACGCUCCAACCUUCAACACAAAGCGACCCGUAUAACAGCCGUGCCACUUACACAACCUCGAAUUCUACCGAGACAUUUGAGGAUUCGGACUUUUCACGGGCGAGUGAUCGCUCGCAGCAGUUGAGUUUGCAGCGGCCGGUUCAAGAGUCCCAGCGGAUCCCCUCGUACGGACAGGCGCAGCAGGCCGCCCCAGCUCCAUACCGCUCGUCACAGCCGGUAGCAAUCCAGCCAAAGAAGCCCAUUGCCGCAGUCAAAGCCGUCUGUACGGCAUGUGUGCCGAUAGAACAAGAGCUGACGCUGCUCGACGCCUCAGAUGACCUUUCACCGGGCCUGUCGACGCCCGAUGCGGCUAGUACGGAGCAUACGGGCAUCUACUCGAGUAGUGGAUUUGAUAUUCUAGGUGUUCUCAGCCGAGUGGCGAUGAGGCCAAACCCUAAGAUUAAUAUCGGCGCAGUCGAUUUGUCUUGUGCUUUUGUGCUGUGUGAUAUCACGCGAGAUGACCAUCCAAUCGUUUACGUUUCUGAAGCAUUCGAACGGUUAACUGGCUAUACUAAAAAUGAGAUUGUCGGCCGUAAUUGCCGAUUCCUACAGGGUCCUGAUGGUAAAAUUGCUCCCGGUGCGAAGAGAGCUUUCGUCGACGGACAGACUGUGCAUCGUCUGCGAUCAACGAUCCAUGAUCGUAGCGAGAUCCAGGCUAGUAUUAUCAACUACCGUAAGGGUGGCCAACCGUUCAUGAACCUCAUCACAAUGAUUCCCAUUCAGUGGAAUUCAGAAGAUUAUCGAUUUUAUGUUGGCUUCCAGGUCGAUCUGGUUGAGAAGCCCGAUGCUGUCAAAUCAAGGAAUCCUGAUGGUACAUACAGCAUCAAUUAUCAGCGCGACCAAUUACCACAAUACGUGGUCCCGCCCGCUGAUGUGUACAGGUUGCAACCAGACCUUGCUACACAUUUUGGUCACGACGAGGUCACGGCUAUCUUAAAUGCUGCGGGUGUUCCAGGGUCGGGCGUAUCACGGCACUAUUUGGAUCGUAUUUUGGUUGAGAACACCGACGAUGUGAUCCAUGUGCUCUCAUUUAAUUGUGAAUUCCUCUAUGUAUCACCCUCUUGCAAGCGGAUCCUAGAGUACGACCCGGUCGAGCUGGUGGGCAAGACGUUAUCGACCAUCUGCCACCCCAGCGACAUCGGACCGGUGAUUCGUGAUCUGCGAGCCAGCACAACGCCAGCCACCGUCAGCGUCGUGUACCGUAUUCGACAGAAAUACAAGGGUUACAUAUGGUUCGAGAGCCACGGUGCCUGGCACAUUGACCCGACUCAGGGACGGAAGUAUAUGGUUAUGACUGGUCGCCCUCGGCCCGUGUAUUCAUUGGACCAAGUCGUCCAGCUCGGGUCCAAGGCCGCCCUGGCUGAGAACGAUAUCUGGGCCAAGGUUUCCCUGUCUGGUGUGAUUUUGUUCGUCACGUCUAAAGUGAAGCCUGUCCUGGGCCGCUCCGUAGACGAUCUGAUUGGGAAGAGCUUGCAUGAGCUCAUGGAGCCUGACAACGACCCAAACGCUAUCACUGAUGCCCUUGACGCAGCGGCCAACGGUCAAGGCCACGACGAUGGCAUUAACACACCCGGAGAACCACCUUCUUUCCCCCACCAGAUGCGCCAUAAAAAGGGUCACUCCCUCUCAGCCCACACAACUCUCUACUGCGGCGACACCCAUAACGCCCGCCCUUCGUUCCUCGUCGCUCAAAUCCGCUUCGCCAGGGCCUUCCCCCCUUCGUCAGUCGCCGCCUCCGCUGCAGAAGACGAAGAACUUGCAAACAUUCCAGGCUCAGCCAAUACAACAACCCUCGUCACCGCAAACCCUGAUCCACCCAGUCAAUACGGUGCUCUCGGCCAGCGCAUGCCAUUCCUCCCCAAUCUCAUUGGCCUCAACGGUCUACCCUCCGGCAACCGCAGCAUCGCCCCCUCGGACGCUCCGGCUACCUUCUUCACCGAGCUCAACCCCACCCGCGGUUCGAACUGGCAGAUUGAGCUGCGCGAGCUGGAGAAGCAAAACCGCGGGCUGGCGGACGAAUUGCAGCGCCUCUUGGCGCGCCGUAAGAAGCGCAAGCGCAAGCAGACCGCUAUCUCGGUCGAGAAGGCUUGUGCUAUGUGUAGCACGAAGAAUACCCCCGAGUGGCGUCGCGGCCCUAGUGGAAAUCGCGAUUUGUGUAAUAGUUGCGGUCUCCGCUGGGCGAAGCAGGUCCGGAAUAAGGCUCAAGCUGCGGCGUCCGGGAGUGGAAUUGUCCCAACUACUGGUUCUGCUAGUGCGGGUACUACUGCUACGACACAGGGGUGA